AUGAAGGUCUCCGCCACCCUUCUUUCCCUCGCCGGUGCCGUUGCGGCUACCACCAUUGCCGAGAUCAACGGCAACAAGUUCUUGUCACCGCUCCAGGGACAGAAUGUGACGGCUGUUGAAGGCCUCGUCCUCGCCAAGGGCCCCAACGGUGUCUGGAUCCGCUCCACCGUGCCCGACGACGACGACCUGACCUCUGAGGCCGUCUACGUCUUUGACCGCAAUGUUGGCGCAAACCUUGCUGUUGGCGACAUCAUCAAGCUUGACGGCACCAUUCUGGAGUUCAGGUCCACCAACACCCAUCUCUACCUGACCGAGCUUGCCACGCCCCGCAACGUGGAGAUUGUCUCGCGCAACAACGCCGUUGUCGCCUAUGUCAUUGGCGAGGACACUCCCAGCCCGCCCACCGAGCAGUACACGAGCCUCGACGGCGGUGAUGUCUUUGCCGUUCCCAACGAUGUCCGUCGUGUUUCUGCUGUGAACCCUGUGCUCGAGCCCACCAAGUACGGCCUGGACUUCUGGGAGGCUCUCAACGGCGAGCUCGUCACCGUCAAGGCCCCCGUCGGCGUGACCCGUCCCAACCAAUUCGGCGACACCUGGGUCCUCGGCACCUGGACUGCUACCGGUCGCAACGAGCACGGCGGUAUCUCUCUGCUUGACAAGGACGCUAACCCUGAGACCGUCCUCAUCGGCUCGCCCCUCGAUGGUACCCGCAACCCGGAGUCGAAGAUGGGCGAUAAGCUUGCCGACAUCACCGGCGUUGUCACCUAUUCCUUCGGCUUCUACCGCAUCCUGCCCCUGACUGCUGUCAAGGUUGAGUCUGCGUCCUCUGCUGAGACCAGCCCUACCACCCUCGAGAGCAGCGGCGACUGCCGAGGCAUCACCUUCGGCUCGUACAACGUUGAGAACCUGUGGCCAGGCUCCGAGCACCUCCCCGAUGUCGCUGACCAGAUUAUCGACUACCUGAAGACUCCUGACCUGAUCUUCCUGCAGGAGGUUCAGGACAGCAACGGCCCCACCAACGACCUGAUUGUCAGCGCCAACAUCACUCUUGCUACGCUCGCUGCCGCCAUCGAGGAGAAGAGCGGUGUUGUUUACGAGUGGCUCAACGUUGACCCCAUUCGUAACCAGGAUGGUGGCCAGCCUGGAGGCAACAUUCAGACCGCGUACCUCUACCGUCCUGAUGUCCUCGAGGUCUACAAGCCCAACCAGGGCGGCAGCCUCGACUCGACUGUCGUCGUUGACGGCCCCGCCCUGUCCUUCAACCCCGGUCGCAUCGAUGUAGCUAACGACGCUGCCUGGGCCAACAGUCGCAAGCCUCUGGCCGCCUCUUGGCGCGCUAUCAAGGGCCCCAAGACCAAGCCCUUCUUCACCAUCAACGUCCACAACGGCUCUAAGGGUGGCUCUUCCACCCUUCACGGCGAUAACCGCCCUCCUAUCAACAACGGCGUCGACAAGCGCCUGCUCCAGACUGGCAGCAUCGGCGCCUUCAUCGACACUCUGUAUGCCAAGGAUCCCAAGGCCCGCAUCGUCGUCUCUGGCGACUUCAACGAGUUUGCUUUUGUCGCGCCUAUGAAGCUCCUCACCGAGAAGCACAAAUUGACGAGCCUGAGCAAGCACAGCCUGCCGGCUACGGAGCGCUACAGCUACGUCUUUGACGGCAAUGCCCAGCAGCUUGACCACAUGCUGAUCAGCCCUUCUUUGGUCAACGACAAGGCCAAGCUCGAGCACAUCCACGUCUCCUCGUGGCGUCGCUUCGCCGAUGUUGUGAGCGACCACGACCCAGCUGUUGGCCGGCUGAACGUGUGCGGAUGCUAG